AAACUGUGAAUGCACUACUCACAGCAAAUCACCCUCUUGGUUACUACUAUAUGGCAAUUAGACAAUAUGUUACCAACGGUUAUCCCGAUGUUUAUCCUCCUAAUACAGCGAUUGUAGAGUACAGAGGCAACUAUACUCCCCCAUCUUCCCCUGUCUUUCUCUCCAAGCUUCCUUCUUACAUAAACAUCACUCAAGCAAAUGCGUGUUUGGCCCGUCUAAGGAGCUUAGCCGGCAAAGAACACCCUGUAUCAGUGCCAAUAAACAUAACUCACCCUAUGUAUAUAGUUGUUUCCGUGGCAGGGAUCCUUUGCAACAAGAGUCAAUGCGAAAUUGGAAUGCAGAUGGGUUCGGCCACGAACAACAUGACCUUUCUAAACCCAAGUACUGAUGUACUGCUCGCCUACUACCGAAACAUAUCUGGGGUUUACAGUGCUGAUUUUCCCGACUUCCCAUUGAACUAUUAUAACUUUACAGGUGAUAAUUUGCCGAAUAGCACUGCUAUACCAACCAUAGCAACCAUGGUGAAGAUGUUGAACUACAAUGAAACAGUGCAAGUAGUGUUCCAAGAAAGCAAUGUCCUGCGCGGAGCAGAGAACCAUCCAAUGCACAUGCGUGGAUACAGCUUUUAUGUGGUUGGGUCAGGGCCUGGGAAUUACGACAAUGUGAGCGACCCGAAAACAUUUAACUUGGUUGAUCCACCGCAAGUGAAUACCUUU